GGGAGUUGAAUAGUAGUGAUCACCCGGGGGAGAGGAGGGAGUUAGCUGGUAUUAUGGAGUGAAACGUACCACUGUGAAAGGAGGCUUGAAGCUUUCUGUAUAGGGAACUGAGCCCCGCAGAUUACUGAAUGCGGCAAAGCCACCCAUGUGACAUAUGGCCAACGCGGAGGUGACUGUCCCCAUGGGGGACGUUGUGGUGAUUCCUAGCGAUUGUACGGAAGGCGAGGACCCUGAAGACACCAAGACGCAGGUUAUCCUGCAGCUGCAAUCUAUUCCCCAUGGUAUGAUGUUCUGGCCAUACAGAAUGUACGAGGAGAUGUCGGAUACCAAUGCAGCUGUUGUUUCUCUUGAGACUCACUCUCUAAAGAUGGGCGAUACCUUAGAUGGAGGUACAGUGGAACUGGGUGAGGACAUUGACAUUGCAUAUCCGAUCACCUGUGGGGACAGCAAGGCUGUUUUACUGUGGAAGAAAUUUGUUUGUCCUGGAAUCAAUGUCAAAUGUGUCAAGUUUCAUGAACAGAUGAUUAGUCCAAAACACUUUGUACAUUUGGCUGGAAAAUCAACUCUGAAAGAUUGGAAGCGAGCCAUCCGCCUGGAGGGAGUCAUGCUAAGAAAAAUGAUGGAUUCAGGGCAGAUUGACUUUUAUCAGCAUGAUAAACUUUGCACAAACACUUGCCGAAGUACAAAGUUUGACCUUCUGAUCAGCAGUGCUCGUGCUCCUGUCCCAGGACAAACCAGUGUGGUACAGACCCCAACUUCAGAAGGUAGUCUUUCUUCUGUUACUUUGUCUGAGGAGACCAUUGAGGAUGGCAGCACAGAGUGGAGUUCUGGACUUACUGCCACACUGCAAGUAAAUAGAGAUGACCAAAGCAGGAAAGAUGGAGAAGAGAUAUCGGAAGAGACUUUGCUCUUCUGGAAGGGAAUAUCGGAUGUGGGACUCAUGGAUGAAGUGAUCAGCAAGGUCCAGAAUGAAAUUGAAGAUCUCUUGAGUGGUGUCGAGCAACGAAGUGACCAAACACCUUUGCAGACCUCAGAUGUCACAGUACUCAGUAACAUUUCUCACACGUUUGGUCUCAUGGAUACAGUGAAAAAAGUUCUGGAACAAAAAAGGAGUCAAACAGACCAGAACGAACAGUAUCAAUAUACACUGGCAGAUCUUGAACGGCAGCUGGAAGAGCAAAGGAAACAGGAUGGAAACCACUCUCCUAUUCUUCAGAAUGUUGUGUUAAUGCCAGUGAACACCCCAAAACCACCAAAGAGGCCACGACUUCAGCGUCCAGCUUCUGCUGGCACUUUAAACACUUCCCAGCCUCAGUACACUGUAUUGUCUCCCCUUACCUUGGCACCCGUUGGACAGCAGUUCUCUAUAGGUGGCUUGCGUUAUGCUACAGUGUUGGGCAAGACUGGAGAGGGGGAUGCCCUUACUGUAUUAACAGCAGAAAUGCAGGAAUCCGGAGCAUUAAGUGGGGUCAUGAGCCCUAUGGAGCUUGUUGCAAUGGAUUCAGGACUUGAGCAGGAUGGAGUUGGUGAAGAGGGACAAACAAUCAUUCAGAUAGAUCCAGCACCAGACCCGGAGGGUGGAUCCAAAGUGAUGGAGCUUGGUGAUGGAAAGGUGUUGGGAGUGGGCCACCAUGAUGGAAUGCAUAAUGUGGAAAUUGUGGUCCUAGAAGAAGACUAAUCGGAAAAGAUGAAGUAGAGACUAUAGCGUUAAAGUUAUUAAAACGAAACAUUAAUUUAUUACAGUUAUUAGGCCAUUUUAUUUUUGGAGGUAUGUAGAUUCGGUGAUUUAAAAAAAGUUAGUUUUGAAGUGGAGCCUUCAUCUGCUCCAAAAUGGACCUUACCUGAUAUAUAUUUCUUGCAGCCUUUGUGUUUGUGUUGUACAUAGAGUGUAAAAGACUAAAAUGUUGAAAACUAAUUUUUUUAUUAAAAUACAUAUAUUACUAUAA